AGUCUGAUGGUCUGUUUACCCCGCGGAAGUUCGUCUGUGGCUUGUAGACGGGAUGUUGUUAGUUUGCGUUUAGUAAAGGGACUUACGGAGACAUUUUGCUCAUUUUUAGGGUGUGUUGAUAGUCUAUUGCAGGAACAGAAGAGAGUUUUUGAGGGGAAAAAUGUUGGAGUGUGGCAUGAUGGAGCGGGACAGGCAGGCUCUCCGAAGAAACUCAGCUAUCCUGUGCAGACAGCUGGUGGUGGAUGAGCUGCUCAUACAGUCACUGCAGGCAGAAGACAUCCUCACGGAGAGCAUGGCAGAGAGCAUUAUGGCAGAGCAAACGUCUCAGAAACGCAGCUGGCGUUUGCUUCUACUCUUACCAAAACGUGGACCCAGAGCCUUCAGCAGUUUCUGCUCAGCUCUUCAAGAUACUGAACAGAAACACCUCUACGACCUGCUCAUAAAAUCACCAGAGAAAGAUGGCAGAGAGACACACACAGAUAGUUUUCAGCCUGAGGAGGAGCCACAGGAGAAGGCAGGGCAGCUGGUUAUGGAAAGAACAAAAAAGAAGAGAGAGGCAUCUUCAGAAGACAGAGAGGAAAUGUAUGAGGUGAGCAGCACCUCAUCAUUCCCAGUCCAGGCAUCAGAUAGCUGGCCUGGCUCAGAGUCAUCAGUCAGAGACUUACCCACAGUCAGGGCUGAGGACAGGAACAAACAGAGACUGAGGACAAAGAAACGAGGAGCAGAUAUGCAGACAGAUAGGUCUAUGGACUCUUCUCUUCCACUUCCAACUCAGGAGGAAAUUGCAGCCAAGAGAGCAAGGACACAUGAAUCCAUGGAGUUUAGUCUGGAUGCUGACAGUCCCAUCAACAGUCCGGUCCUACCCUGCACACCUGACUUUUACCUCUCCCGCUGCCAGCAGUCUUACAGGUUGAGUUCAUCGCCUCGUGGUUUUGGCUUGGUGAUCAGUAAUGUGACCUUUGACCCUUGUGCUGCCCCUGACCUUGACCCUAGAAAAGGUGGCGAGGUGGAUGAUGAGGUCCUCAGGAAGGUUUUUACAGAGCUGGAUUACAUUGUUGCUGUGCACAGAGACCUCACUGCUCAGGGUAUGAGGACCUGCAUUGAGAACUUUUCCAGACGGCCAGAGCACCGGACAGUGGACAGCUGUGUGGUGUGUCUGCUCUCCCACGGAGUGGAAGGGGCAGUGUACGGUACAGAUGGCAAACUCCUCCAGUUGGACUGGGUGUUUGAGGCCUUUGACAAUGCACACUGUCCACUUCUACAAAACAAACCAAAGAUGUUUUUCAUCCAGGCCUGCAGAGGAGAGGAGAUGGACUGUGGCGUGGAGCAGAUAGACGGGCCAAAGAGGACGUGCUCACCAAGCUGUGAACAGCGGGAUGCUGGCAGGGAGGGACAGGGGGAUGCAGACUCCAGACAGAGGGGGGACACAGGAAGACCCAGGAUUAAACUUCCCCAGCGGUCGGACAUGAUCUGUGGCUUUGCGUCUCUCAAAGGUCAGAGAAUUUGCACAGCAGCCAUGCGAAACACUAAGAGAGGAUCCUGGUUUAUCCAGGAACUCAACUCAGCACUCCGCCUCCACGCCAGAGACACCCACCUUGCGGACAUAUUGGUGCAGGUGAACAGUCGUAUUAAGGAGAGGGAGGGCUACGCCCCAGGUACUGCCCACCACCGCUGCAAAGAAAUGUCAGAGUUCACCAGCUCAUUGUGCAAAGACCUCUACUUUUUCCCCAAACACCAACCCCAGUAUUAAUAUGCACAUUAACACACACAGAUCAUUCCUUGUAUUGAAGCCUGAAGUAAGGGCAUCACAGCUGUUUAUUGCACAUCACACACUCACACAUUCCCCCCUGUUACAACUUGACAUCCAAAUGUCUAGUGGUUUUAAUUUGUCCAUUCAAACCACUAGACAUUCACAAGCACACACACAUAUACACAAAUCCUGGAAAGAAAAAAGGAGCGAGCUUCUGUUAAUCUACAUGUACAUGGAAAUGGGCAACCUAUUGGCAUACAAUGUGCUCAUGUAUAUAUUUGUGUGUCUGUGUCUAUGCCAGUUAGAGGGUUUAGAUGUUAAUCCUUUGCAGUCAAACUGCACAGCUACUUUGAGCUUUCACAAGCCUCUUUUUAAAAUGUAUUUUGUACACAGAUCUAUUUUUGUGGCUUUAUUUUGUAUGGAAUUCUUUUUAUAAGGAUUGUAAGGCCCAUUCUUAUAUUUGUACAUAAUGUAUGUUAAAUGUUAUGAACAUUUCUUGUUAUUAACGAAGUGACAGGCAGGGGGCAGCGCAGCAAAAUGCAUUUCAGCAUCUUGAUUUCAUCAAUAUUAACAUCUCCUUCAGUUGAAGAAGAGCUUUAUUGUCAUGGCAGCCAUGGUUACAGACAGCUAUGUUUAAAAUUAAACAAUAGAGUUUUUGAACUAUUAAAUUAAAAUAUAUGAUUUUUUUUCCUCACAUAGUUUGCCUUACGAAAAGAACAACACCUACAGGGCAGCUUCAGUAUGAAGUUUAUCUUCUCACUUUAAAUUGACAUUUACUGAUAUUUAGUAAAUUUCUCUGUCAGGGUGGUGGAGUGCAGUCUGGUGCUACAUGUAGGGUCACUUACAGACAGUAUGAACUCUGACCUUUACACAUUUCACUUGUAGUGUUUGUUCCUGCAUAGGAGCUGCAUAUUUAGUCAGUCUCGCCAUUGUAUUUUACUAUAAUCGAUGCACAACACAUAAAAAAGUGUCUUCCAUUUAAAAAAAGCCUGUGCCAGCUGAGGAUGAUGUGUUGGAUAAGUUUAUGACCAUGGUGCUGCUUUCAUAGCAUAUUAUAAGUCUCUGGCACACCUCCAAACAAAGUAUUUCUGAAAGCUGCUCCAGAAUUUAUGGUUCCCAGAAAGAAAAGAAAACUGACCAGGCAAAGUAUGUUUUAGUUACAGCAGUGUUGCAGUGAGGGGCACAGUGGUUGAAACAGUAUUGAUUGUUAACUAUCAGUAAAGGGAUGAUUUUAAAGAUCCUGUGUAUGAGGCGGUCUUAGCAGAGUUUACCCUGGUCUGAAGCGUGCUCACUCCACUUAGGUUUUAGUUUUAAUAAUUAAGAAACAUAACUUAAGAGAGGAAAAGAUUGGACUGUUAUAAGAGGAUAGUUUUCCUGUAGAAUGAGACGUUUUGCUGCCAAACUCUGCUGAAGUGCUUUGUAGGGUGAUGUGAUGUAGGGUGGGGAGGGGGCAGGAGAGACUUCAAUAUUAAUUACUGCCAAAUGUUGAGUAUAAUAAAAGGCUGUGGGUU